AUGUGUCAAGGCCGCAUAAUCUCCCACUUUUGCCCCUCCGCCCUCGCCGGCGACCCCCGCUGCCCUGCUUACCGCCUCACCACCCUUAACGGCGGACGUAUCCCCGCCUGGUCCUAUUACUUCGACUCGGCCACCGCUCACUGCUGCGGUCGACAUUCUCCCCGCGUCGACUGUGGCGACUGUCCCUACAACACGUAUGGCCGACGUAGUGACGUUACCCGCUUAGGGCAGGAGGUGGUGUCGGUUUGUGUGAUUCAGGGAGAGAGUAUGUGCCCGGUUUGUACGAGACGGUUUGAGCGGGAGAGGAGGGAGGCUGGAGAGGAGACGGAGGGGUGGGCGGUGAGGGAGAUGUGGAGGGGAAAGGAGAAGAGGGAGAGGGAACGGUUGGAGAGGAUGGAGAGGGAGGAGAGGAUGGAGGAGGGGAGACUGGUUGGGGAGAUGGAGAGAUUGAGGGUUGAGGAUCGGUUUGGUAGUGUGGAGAAUGUGGAGGUUUUGAGGAGGGAGUUUGAGGGGAUGAGGUUUCAUUGAGGGGUGAGGUAAGUGGUUGUAAGACUGACCUCGUUUCGGGAGGAAAGUAAGUACGGAUGGCUGUUGUAAGGUCAUGGUCA